AUGGCAGAAAAGCAGAAUAAAAAGAGAGUUUUUCUGCCUGUAAGCAAAAAAAUUAAAAUUAUGAAAGAAUUAGAGGAAGGAGUGUCACUGCAAACAUUGUGUAAUAAAUAUGCAGUUUCGCGAGAUGUUAUCUAUCGGAUUCGUCGAGAAUGUGGACAACUCAAACAUUUCGGAAUUCGGAGAGGGCAUAACGAAAAUCGCAGAACGUCUUCAAACGAAGACUUAGAAAAUAGAUUAUACACGUGGUUCCAACGUCCAAUGGUGAAUCCAGUAACAGAUUUGCUGUUGCAAGAAAAGGUCAACGCAUUGUUCCAGGAGCACGGGUCGACAUCCUUUGCCGGAAGCAGGGGCUGGUUACAUAAAUUUAAGAAUCGCUAUGAAAUUAGAGUGGCACGGGUACAUGGCGAGCAGGCAAGUGCCGAUACUGAAAGUGCACAACAAUUUACACAAACUUUUACGAAGCGAAUGAAGGAAGACAACAUUGAUUUGUGCACGAUAUAUAACAUGGAUGAAACGAGGCUGUUAUGGAAGACAGUCCCGUCAAAAAGUUUAGUGUGUGCUGAGGAAGAAAAAUUGGCAAGAAAAAAACUCAAGAAAGAUAGAGUGUCUAUUGGAUUGUGCGCCAAUGCUAGAGAACACAUUGUGGGAAUCGCAUAA